AUGGCAUCUCUCCCCAAGCCUGCGACCUUGGUUACGUGGGCUCUCUACUUCAUUCCAGUAUACCUCUUCAUCCUCGACCCGCUCCUCCGCAGCGUCUUCCCUGCCAACCCCGAGUCUGAAAUAAACAUCUUCGACGUCCCAGCCUCAGAUCCCUCCACUCCUCUCCCCUCCCACCUCACAGAUGACAGCUUCAUCAGCCCCGAAGAUGGCGUGCCCUACACCUGCCCUGACACGCCCGCAAACUACAAAGUGCACCUCCUCUCCCGCACCCCUCUCAUCCUGUACCUAGAGAACUUCAUCAGCGACUCGGAAGCGGACCACCUCGUCGACAUAAGCCUGAACAAGUACACGCCGUCCAUCGUCUGGGACGGCGUUUCCGAGCGCGUGGACCCAGACCGCCGCCUCUCCGACCGCGCCCUCCUGGAUCGCGACGAUACGGUGCGCUGCCUGGAGGACCGCGCGCGGGCAUUCCAGGGCUGGCGUCCGCACCUGUAUAUCGAGCGGAUGUGGGCGCAGCGGUACAACACCUCCGGCCACUACCGGCAUCACUAUGACUGGACGGGAUCAUUGUCACGAGGCGGGGACCGACUGAGCACGUUCAUGGAUGCCGCCGGGGAAGCAGUGGUGUCGGUUCCUGGAGUGCGAGGAGGAAGGAGGAGAGGGGGAGGCGCGAAAAAGGAGGGAAUUACGUUUAAGCCGAUUAAGGGGAACGCGAUUUUCUGGGAGAACCUUCGCCCCGAUGGCACGGGGUACCCAGAGACUUGGCAUGCGGCGUUUCCGGUGACGAAGGGGACGAAGGUGGGACUGAAUAUUUGGAGUUGGUAUCAGCCGCCGGGGAUUGGGAGGGGCUAA